AGUUUAUCACUUGCACCAGUUGGACCACAUCUAGAAGUCAGACAUCCAGAAGACGAGAGACACUACUGAGGGGGCAUUUGUGAAGAAACGUGGCUUAAGUGAUUUGCCCUAUCAUGACAGAGGAAAUUGGAACAUCCGAAUGCAGCCGAAGACCCCAGAGCUCUGCAGCAGUUGCCCUCGCUGGACUGCUUCACUUCCUCAGCAACCCUGUGCCCUGACCCAGGCAUCUGUCAGCUUUUCUGCUUCUAAGAGAGAGGAGUUUUGUAUGGAAAUUCUCAACCAUUCUCAAGGCAUGUUCGUAAUGACAAAGAUAAUGAAGAAAGACGGAAAUGUGGAGGAACCAAACCAUGGAGACCAUAAAGGAUUUGUCCAAAGGAUCAGCAAGUCAUUUUCAAGCAAGGAGUCCUCAUCUACCUAGCCACCAGUAGUUCACCUUGUCCUGUAAACUUCUAGCUGGAUGAACUGCUGCUUCACAAAAAUAUAUGUAUAUAUACGCUUUCCAAAGUGAAAAGAAAAGAAAGAAUAGACCUUUACCUCUUUUUGCUGAGGCUGCACAGAUAGAGGGAGGAGCAGGUGCAGUUGACUGAAGGGUGGAAGAGAAAUCAGGACUCGAAUCUGCUCUGAAGGCCAAGAUGUCUAGAGCUUUCCCUGGAAGUCAGCUUCAAAGGAAGAAACAGUAAAAGGAUUUGAGGAAAAAGAGACGUGCUUAGACGACGGCCUGAUGCUGUGACAGCUUCCGCUGGAGAUGAGCUGGCUGGCUAGACAGGAGGCUGCGUGCCGAAAAGAGAGGGUGAAAGGUGCUGCCUGCCAAAGCAGCAGCUGGUGAGAAGAUGACUGGACUGCACAGCGUCAGCACACACAUGAUUGGUGGGGAAACGCGAGCCCAGCUUCAAUCCUUGUCAACGGCACCUCGUUGACUUUUAACGCUUCCUUAUCGUGUCUGCGCUCACCUCGUAGCCGCGCUGAUAAAAUGCCAUCGCCGGUGUAAUCUCCUGAGCAGCUCUGCAGAAACAUUGCAGAGCAUGGGAGGCUGAAUCGCCUGCAGCCAGCAACCAGCGUGGGACUCCGGUCCAGAGCAAGGCAAGCAACUUGCAGUGAUACGUUCGGGAAUGUCCUCUUUAUGGGUUUGAACUAAGGACCCCUGAAUAUAAAACAAUAAGCAACUACUGAGCAGGAUCCUAGACUUAGUGUCCUUCUUCCUGAAUUGGAGAGAAAAGUCAUGAUGCUAAAAUUCCUUACUGGAGGAAAAACUUCUGAAGAUUUUUAUCAAAGAACUCAGGGCCAAGUCCCUUCACUUUUUUCAUGGCUGAAGAUUUGAUUUCUGCUUCAUUGGUCCAACUAUCAUUUUAAAUGAUGAAAGAUGAAACAAAGGACUUCUUUAGAGGAAGGAAUUAUCAUUAACAACAGAAAGUUCCAGUGAAAUCAAUGAAAAGUUUCAAUUUGACUUGCUGUUUUACUUUUCCAUCUUAUUCAGAAAAUAGGCUUAUGCAGCUCUCAGCAUAUUUUUUUCUUCUUGGGCUGCAGCUCUGCUCUGUACUAUGGUAUUCAUUGAAUGUUAUUAUCCUGUAUCUUUUAUAUAGCACUAGUCUUGUAAUCAUCCCUGUAAUCACUUCCACAUGCUGCAAACUUGCAGCAUGGAACAAACUCCUUCCGCAUUCCCUGUAUUCACGUUAUCGUUGCCAAGUUCUUCCUCCCCAAUACUUGGAUACCUUGAAGUUUAUUUUCAAUAACAUAAUCCCAGAGUUGUUCUCACAGGAAUAUCUACUGUUGCCCCAGCCACCUUUAGGAGUCUCUUAUUUUUUUUCUCACCAGCUUUGAUCUUUCCUGUACUUUUGAACUGUUCUCCCCCUCUGCUCUUUCUCUAGUUUCUCUCCAACAUCCUGUACUACCACCUCUUUGUUCCAGCAUCUCCCCAUUUCUCCAGUCUUCCAUCAUCCGCUACCAACAUCUGGAACUUGAUGUGUGGGAAACCCGGGCCUUUUCCCAAGACCACCUCUCCUCAUCACCCCCAGCACUUCCUCUGCUCUCCCUGACAGUGACAUCCAGAUUCCUGCACUUUGUACUGUAUCCAAGCUCUGUCUUGCAUAUGGACCUGACAAAUCUCACCAGUUUUUCCUCUAAAACCUGACUUUUUGCCUACACUGAGUGAAAAGCUCAGUUGUCCUCAAUCACUGCAGUGCUGCUUGCAGUCCCCAGCCUCCUGCCUCCCAGGCCCUGCUGCCUACCCCCGUCAUUCCCCAGCUUCCUAUUCCUUCUGUCCCUUCUCCAUCAGGUUUCAGCCUCUCCACGUGGGCUCCGUAUGGCCCCAUUUCAUGGCUGCUGUCUCCAUUUCAUGGCUGCUGUCCCUUCAUACUUGCCAUCUUCAAGAGUGAUGUUUAACCACUUACUGACUCUUUCUGCAUCUGCUUGCUCACCUUAAUGCCUUUUCCCAAGUCUUCAAAAUUUCUUUUCUUACACUUCAGUACUUUUUCCUUGACCCUGUUCAUACUAGGCAGGAGCACACCAUCUUGGAGACAAUAAACACCUCAUUACCCUUGAAAUGAAUACUGAUUAACUGCCCACCUGGGAGUUAGGCAGCUGAAUAUUGUGAAGGUAUUUGUGUGUACUAGUGCACUAUUUUGUACUCGUUGUUAGCUCUUGAGACCAGUACUUUGAUUCCCUAAACUGUUGAUGCCAGCUCACCAUGGAAGUCUGUGGUAUCUGUCAGUAAUGUCCCCAAAGUCUGCAUUUGGUAACAGCCUGAGGAACUAGAUAUCCAGUUCUCACUUCAGUCCACUGGGAUCCAUAAGCGAGCUGUCCCUCUGCCCAUCUUUCUGUCAGGGGCUGAUCUCGUACAGAUUUUCAGAGAAGGCAUACCAGAUCAACUGGUGCACAGUGCAGGGCUGGUGGACAAGGUGAGUGUUGUGGCUGGCGUCUAAGACCAGGAGGUAAAUGACCAGAGCAUAUGAAAUGAAAUGUAUGUAAUGUUAGGCUAAGCUGUCAUGGUGGUAAAAAGUGAGACUGUGCUUUCUUUAUGUCCCUCUGGUAGUCUACCCAUAUAAGACCAAGACUUUAUCUAGCUGUCUGGUCAUUGUUCUUUGAAAUUUUAGGGAGUUUCCUUAUCAGAUUUGGAUUAAUUUCAUCCUGAAGGGCAGAGCUGUUUUCCUAAGACACUUGAGGUCAAAUGGAGAAAGUGUUGAACUUCUAUCUUUGUUUUCCACAUUGUAGUAAAAUGUCCUAAUUAGUGGCCUACUGGGCCAUGUCACCACCAGCCUGGCUUACAAUCUUUUUUUUCCGGAGUGCUCUUUGACAAAAAUCCCUCAUACAUUAUGUACUUAGACCAGGAAAGACAGCAAAGUGGUGAGUCCUGUUUUGAGAUGGAUACCCCUGCUACAGAUAGGUGUGAGAUAUCUAUGUCCUCCCGAAGUCAUGCUCUUGGUCAGUGUUUUCCCAUGGACACCCUAUGUGGCAUCCCUUAAGGGUGCUGGUAUUUGCUGCACCCUUUGUCCAGUGCACAGCAGUGAGGGGAUGUGAACUCCCAGCUGAGCUGCUCCUGCACUCAGCACUAACCAGCUCGGUUUGCUGCUGACCUAGUGUAACAGUUCACCAUGCCAGCAAAAAAAGAAAGGAGGAGAAGGAGGGAAUAGAGAAAAUAAAAAGCAGGACAUGGAGAUGAUGGAAAUGGGGGAGUACUUCUGGUAUUAUAACUCUACCAGACUUAGAUUUCUUUAGCUCCUGCUGUGCUUUGCUACAAAUGAGGCUAGUUAGCAGCAGAUGUGAAUGUAACAACCAACAGGGGAAUGAGAUAAGCUAUGAGAAAUCCAUGUAUUAAGCAGAUUGUCCUACUUUUUUUUGGGGGGGGGAAGGGGGCUUAGAAGUAGGAGUUUUCAAACUGUGGCCUACUGGUUGCUCAUGUCAAGUGAUUGGGAUGCUGGGGAAGGUGAGAGAAGGGUGCAGCAAGCAAGGUGCAUUAUAUGUCUUCAAUCAGGAAAAGGAUAGCACCUGGGGAAUGGGUUACUGGAACUGCUGAGGAAUGAUGGUGUAGCUGGAAACAAAGAUGUAGCUUAGGAGUAGAUGCUAAUGUUGCAGAAAUGGGGAUGGGGAUUCACGUAGCUAAGAAUAAAUCAGUUGAUGGAAGGGAUACUAGUGGUUAUUUGGUAACCAGAAGCUUAAAUGAUCAAAGAGUUUAGUAAGCCCUUCUGACUUUGCCUUGCCCUUCCAAAAAUAUAUCAUGGCUGUGUGGAAGGUUACCUCCUAUCUGUUCUUAGACGUUAAUCACCCCCUUCAGUAUAGGUAGCCUAUCAGAUUGCAUAGGCUGGGUAAACAGUGGGAUAUGUGAUAGUACAUUUGCUGAGCCACAGGAUCUAAAGGUAAGGUCGAUAUCUGGAAGGCCAAGAUAUUUGUGAUUCCUGGUCUCUUCAGCUGCUUGCCCUCAAAAUGGAAGGAGAAAGCAUUUCAAAUUCCAGAAGUCUUUGCAGGCUCCAGGCUAUAAACAGGCUCUUCCUGUAUGAAGCAAUAAGGAUCUGAGUAAUCAGGAGAUGUCUGCUUUUCCAUACAGGCCUAAUACUACUGGGAUAUGCUUUUGUGAGGGGGAUGAAGCCCAUCAGUCAGGUGGGACAGGAGUGCCCAGUGCUACUGGUGUGGAUCAUCCAAGAAGAUGGCAUCAAAGAUAGAGUUAUGGGGUAAAGAAGAAAGGAAAGCCCAGUCAAGCUGAAGCAGAAGGAGACAGAAAGGGGAAGCAGUCAAAAACAAAAAGAAAGAUGGAAAGAGGAAGAAAAUAAUUAGGGAAAGGUGGGAGAAGUAUUGGCAGUAUUUUGUACAAUUGAGAAGUGUUGGCAGUGUUUUGUACAAUUGAAUACGCUCCAUAAAUACUGUAUUUUUUCAGCUAGCUAGGCUAAGGGCUUCUGUGGGGGCAAGUACACAAAUGAUGGGUCUCCAAGUCCUGCUGCUCUCUCCAAAUUCAAUGAGAGCAGAACUCAUCCUCUAGAUAACUAUCUCGAAUAUAUCAGGGGGUGGGUGGUGGUGGGGGUGGUGGCUUUAGCAUGGUCUGGAUCCUCUGUAUCAGAUCUCUGAGUAAGUCUUUAUUCCGAAAAAUAAUGUGAAGGAACAUAUGACCAAAGGAACAUGUUUGCUAUUUUACUUUGUGGAUCACGGGGCAAGUGCCACAUGCAGUAGCCAUGUGUUUAUCCCCAUCCCUCUUGCUAGCUUGCAUGCAAUGGUACUGCAACUGGGGUCUCUGAAGCCGUUAAAAAUCUUUUGCAUUAAAAAUCUUCGUGGGUCUGUUACCAUAGGCCACGGCUAUACCUUGGGGUGCGGAGUAUGCAGGUCUUGAUGCUUGUAAGAUGCUGCUCUGUAUUUCCUGGUCCUAGUCAGGAGACUAAAGUGAAGGUUACUCAAAGUUUAAUAUCCAGCAGCACGUUGCAAAGGUUGGUGUUUCCUGACACCAAUGACUCCUGUUUCACCCUAUAAUCACAUCUCUCCUCCCAGUCAGAAACACCAAACCUGAGCAACCUGGAGUGUGCUAGGUUCCUCUCUGGUGUGUGGUCUGACAUGGAUGGGCAAACCACUUGGAUGAUGCAGGAAACCAAAGUGUUCCUUACAGUUAAAGUGAAAUCUUCUAGGAGGUAGGUUGUUCUUUAUUAGUCAGCUGUGACACUGGGGGAGAAAGUGCCUCUCCAGGAAGGAUCUGUGUCGCUUGGACCCUUUGUUUACACUGAGGAAAGCCAUUGGAUUUCAUACCUUCUUGUACAGUGAUCCUACAAUAAAGUGGGAAAUCUCACCAGCCAAGGGUGUUGCCUCACCUCAUUCAUUAGCCAGCCAGUGUGGGUAUAAUUAGGGGUUAAGUAGUUAAUCCUCAAAAUCCUCAAAAAUCCCUUGGAAGUAAGGGAAUCCAUAUAUUUGCUUAUUUGCAAUUUGUGUACUGCCCCUGAGGCAACCAGGCAUGGGAAUGCAAUCCCAUAUUUGUGUAUUUAACAACUGAAAAGAUGUGAGGUUUGUAUUUACAACAGUAUAUAGAAAAGCUUUGACUGUUUAGCCUCCUGCUAGCAUUGAGACUAGCUCCUCUGACACAGGAUGAAGCAAGCACGUGCGUAAGCUUUGCCAGAUCAGAGACUUGCACUGCAGAUACUUUGAGAACAACUUACUCAUGUUCCUGUGUUUUCAUGAGAAAUCUGACAUCUCUGAAAGAUGAGAUCCUAGCAGCAGUUUGAGAAUUGUAAGUCACGUCACUUGCUUAUGUCCCUGCCAGAGAGGAAGACUAUUGUUUCUUAAUUGAGGGACCACUUGUAGUAGGCCCUACAGAAACAAAGUUACAGGAUCAAAGGGUAACUUAUACCUUAAAGCAUUUACAAUAAAAUUACACAAGGUCAACUGAGCCAGGAAUAGAUAGUGCUGGUUUGGUGCUUUUGGAGAUUUUUGUUGUGGCUGUUUCUUGCCACCUUAGAACUUUACAGGAAAUGUGUUGGUCCUCCAAAUGGAUGGAGAUGUGUAACUGUAAGGGGGAAUAAGCAUUGUAAAGUUGGUGAUUUGUGGCUGUAUACUAUUGAACUCUACUAUGAAUGAUCUGAAAGGCAGCAAAAUAGUCGCUGAUCAGUAGGAAUGACUCAAAAAUCAGUAAGCUAGCAAAAAACCCCCAACAUUACUGCAAUAGUCCAUAUCACUCGGAAAGAUGGGGCCAAGCAUAACAUUAACUGCUGUAAGUCAUGUGUCAAAAAAUAAGGAACACAGGCUAUGCUUAUCAGCUGGCAAGUUUUGUCUUGGGAAGCAGUGACAGGGAAGAAGUGGGGGCUGGAGCGGCUCACUGGCUGACGGCAAAAUUCCAGGAUGAUGCUGUAGCUGGGGAAACUCAUGCAGCUUUUGGUAAAUAACUUCAAGAUGAAUAGCUGUAGGAGAGGCUGAGUGCAUGUGUCAUUUAGCACUAACACGCUCACUUCCCAUGUACUCUAUUUAGUGCUUUUGUUGGUGGUUCCUGGAUGGGAGAGGUUUCAGGGACAAUGCCCCAAGGGUAUUAAAGCAUUGGAAGCGUGCCUUCCAGUGAAAGAGGUCGAAGAGUUGAAGGGAAAAGGGAAAGCUGAAGGCUAACUUUUUUCAGUGUCUAUAUAUACUUACAUGGGGAACAAGCUUUCUAUGGUCUAGCAGACUGAAGGGUAAUACGAUCCAAACACUGGGAGGAAAAAAAAAAGUCAUAUGAAAACCAGCACUAUUCUUUAACGUUGUCUGUAAUUAACCACUAGAAAAAUUCACUGAGGGUUGUGGAAGAUCCUCCACAGGAGGCUUUUAAAUUGUGGCUGCAUUCUGGUCAGAAAGUGACAUCUCUUGAAAUCUUGCAGAAAUGGGAAGGAUUUCUGCUGAAUCUUCUAACCCAAGUUUUUGAAGGUAUGGGUUUAGAUGAUCACAGCAAUUCUUUCUGGCUUUACAGUUGGAGGUGGGCUCAUUUUUGGCAGCUAUGGGGUUGAGAAUUUGGACCUCACAGCAAGAGCAGAAGGCAUCCCCUCCCAACCCAAGGCAUUAAUCCUUUUCACUCUGCCCUGUGUGAACAGUCUGCAAACAACCAAGCUACAUCACUCUUCAAGUUUCAAAUGCUAUUGCUCCAGUAAGCAGCAUUGCUCCCCCUUCAUUCCUGUUUCCCAUGAAACCAUCUACCUUGUUUCCACUCCGUGACGUUGGGAAGCACCUUCACCACUGAAAGACCACUCAGGAUGGUGGAGACAGUAAGAGAUGGGUGACUGGAGUUUCUUGGGGAACAUUUUAGAGCAGGUGAACGAGCAAUCCACUGUCAUCGGGAGAGUUUGGCUCACAGUGCUCUUCAUUUUCCGCAUCCUGAUCCUGGGAACGGCUGCCGAGCUAGUGUGGGGAGACGAACAGUCAGACUUUGUGUGCAACACUCAGCAACCUGGUUGUGAGAAUGUCUGCUAUGAUGAGGCCUUCCCCAUCUCCCACAUCCGGCUCUGGGUCCUGCAGAUCAUUUUUGUAUCCACGCCUUCGCUAAUGUACUUUGGGCAUGCGGUGCACCAUGUUCGCAUGGAGGAGAAGAGGAGAGAGAGGGAGGAAGCUGAGAGGCGUCAGCAAGCUGAGGUGGAUGAAGAGAAGCUGCCCCUGGCUCCAAAUCAAAACAAAGGCAACAACCCUGAUGGGACCAAGAAGUUUCGCCUGGAGGGUACCCUCCUGAGAACCUACAUCUUCCACAUAAUUUUCAAAACUCUCUUUGAGGUGGGAUUCAUAGUAGGUCAGUACUUCCUGUAUGGCUUCCGAAUUCUCCCCCUUUACCGCUGUGGGCGGUGGCCCUGUCCCAAUCUUGUGGACUGUUUUGUCUCCAGGCCCACGGAGAAGACCAUCUUUAUUAUGUUCAUGCUGGUGGUGGCUUCUGUGUCCCUCUUCCUCAACCUUGUGGAGAUCAGUCACUUGAUCUUGAAAAGGAUCCGGAGGGCUCUGAGAAGACCAGCAGAGGAGCAGCUGGGAGAGGUCCCAGAGAAGCCCCUCCCUGCCAUCGCAGUCCCCUCCAUUCCGAAGACCAAAGGCUACAAGCUGCUGGAAGAAGAGAAGCCAGUGUCCCCCUAUUUCCCUCUCACAGAAGUAGGAGUUGAGCCCAGUCCCCUUCCAUCAGCCUUCAAUGAGUUUGAGGAGAAGAUUGGGAUGGGACCGUUGGAAGAUCUCUCCCGGGCAUUCGAUGAGAGGUUGCCAUCGUAUGCACAAGCGAAGGAACCGGAAGAGGAGAAGGUAAGAGCAGAGGAGGAGGAACAAGAAGAGGAGAAGCCAGGACCUCAGGAAGAGCCAGGGGUGAAGAAAGCAGAGGAGGAGGUGGUGAGCGAUGAAGUUGAAGGGCCUUCAGCACCUGCUGAACUUGCCGCUGAUAUGAGACCCCUCAGCAGGCUAAGUAAAGCCAGCAGCCGGGCCAGGUCAGACGAUUUGACUGUAUGAAGGUGCAGGAUAUGGGGAGCACAUGAAAAGGAAAAGGUUGAAGAGAAAAGGAGAGAUAGAGAAAGAAUCAAAAGAUAUUUUUAAGCAAAGUGCUAAAAUGGCCAUUUGAAUAUUAUUUCCUCUUGAGAUUCUCAACUGGAAAGGUACUACCAUGGUAACUGUGCCUUAUUUGCCCUGUAUGUCCAUUUGAAAAGGAACAUUUUUCCUGUUUCCACAUGCCACUCACUCCUUACAGUAAUAUCUACACUGUACACAUAACUGAUGUCUUUUAAAACCUAACAUGGCAGUGAAACCCACAUUUCACCACUGUGAACGUAUUUACGGGAAGCUUUGUGUUCCACAUUUCUCUAGGCACGUGGGGAGGAUCUGUCUUUUCAGCCAGCGAGGGGGAAGACUGAUCAACAACUGUCUAGUAUUUCUUUUUCUGUUUCCACCUAUGACAUGCUGAGCUGAUCUCCCCUUCGCUGUUGGCAUGGAAUUGCAGUUAUUUAAUUCACAAAGUGAUUUCUGUGCUUGGCAUCAACACACUAAAAUAGUAACCACUAUUCCCCCUCUCUAUUCAGAAAAUAAAGGCCAAAGUGUCCCCAAUUUCUCUGUGAUUUCAAAUCCAAGUUGGGUAAAAAUAUUUUCCCUUUGUCAAAAAUAUUUCUGCUCUUGAAGUGACAUUGACAGUAGGCAAGGUUAACAGUAGCUCUCUACUAGGAUUUAGCAGAUACCCACAGAUGGAUUACUUGUUCCCAAGAGCGUCAUCCAGCCCCAAGCCUAUUUCAGAGCACUGGAAAGAAUAAAUUCAAGUGAUAUUUUUUA